AUGGCCAAUAAAUUGUUGUACAACACAGUACUUAGUCAAUGUUUUUCGAACUGUGGAAGAUAUCUAGUUGCUGGUAAUUGUUAUGGUGAUAUCUCCAUAUUCGAUUUGAAAGAAAUAUUAAAACCAGCAUCUGCCAGUCGAAAGCCAGUCCGUAAUUUUUCGGCAAGUACUAAAUUCCCUAUUUGGAGCAUGGUUAUAACAAACACUUUUCUAGUCGCAGGCUCUGUGAAUGAAAUAUUUGGGUGGAAUUUUGAAACCCUCAUGGCAUCAAAUGACUCAAAACCAGCUUGGACGAUUAGAAUACCAUCAAAUCGGAAUAAUGUAAGCACAGAUGUUAAUACACUAUGGUAUGACUCUGUUAAUAAAAGAGUUCUUGCUGGGUGUAGUGAUGGAAUAAUUUACAUGUACGUGCUGGAAAGUUGCUCAUUAGUUCGAAAAUUUGAAGGACACAAAGAUUACGUACUCUGGAUUGAUGGAGACACAUCUCGGAUUGCAUCGGCUAGCGAGGAUGGUACGGUUAAAAUGUGGGACUUGAAUCUGGAAAGAUUCACAAAUGAAUUGGUUCCGUAUAAAGAAGAAAAACUCCAAAGACCAAAUAUAGGAAAAUGGAUAGGUUGUGUUAAAUUUAAUCAAACUUGGCUGCUGUGUGGCGGUGGACCAAAAUUGUCCCUCUGGCAUUUAAGAUCUUUAGAGAUGGUAACGGUAUAUGAUUUACCAAAUUGUGGAAUACAUGUCACGAGUUUCGUUGAUGAUCAUAUAUUAGCCGCUGGUGCUUCAGGACAUGUAUACCAAAUGGCAUAUGAUGGAACGCUUAUAAGUGAUAUUACAGCAACACCAACAGCAGUAUAUAGUGUGGUGCAUAGAAAUAUGCCAAAUAAAGUAAUAUCCAUUGCGGGAUCUAGUAAUAUCCUAGACAUAUCAACUAGUUACUUUUAUAAAGAUGUAGAAAUAGCUUUCAAAUGA